GUCUCCGCAGUGCUGCCAACCCCGCUUGACGUUUGAUUUGAGUGGGCUCCCGUGAAGGUUAAAACGUGUAGUAAACACAGCAAAAAUUGGUCUUCUUAAAACAAUGGCCAAAGAAGAAGACGAAGACAAGUUGCCGGACCAAGACGCCGCCAAGGAGUUCUACGCCAAAUACGAGCCCAAAGAGAUCCUGGGAAGAGGGAUCAGCUCCACGGUCCGCCGCUGCAUCGAAAAAGAGACCGGCAAAGAAUUCGCCGCCAAGAUUAUCGAUUUGAGCAACGACAGCAGCGACGGAAUCACAGCCAAAGAAGCAACCAAACAAGAAAUCGCGAUAUUAAGACACGUAGCCGGCCACCAGUACAUCAUUGAAUUACAGGAUGUUUUCGAAUCUCCCACUUUUAUCUUCCUGGUUUUCGAGUUGUGUCGACACGGUGAACUUUUCGAUUAUUUGACGUCGGUGGUGACGCUGUCUGAGAAGAAAACCAGGUACAUCAUGCGCCAGAUUUUGGAGGGGGUGUUCCAUAUACAUUCCCGAGGGAUCGUGCAUAGGGACUUGAAGCCUGAAAAUAUACUCCUGGAUGAUAAUUUGAACGUGAAGAUAACCGACUUCGGGUUCGCGAAGAAACUAGCGGAGGGGGAAAUGGUGCACGAGUUGUGUGGGACUCCCGGGUAUCUGGCGCCGGAGACGUUGAAGUGUAACAUGGUGGAGGAUGCGCCUGGAUGUUCGUUCGAAGUAGACGUGUGGGCAUGCGGGGUCAUCAUGUAUACACUGUUAGUCGGUUGUCCGCCAUUUUGGCACCGCAAACAAAUGAUUAUGUUGCGAAACAUCAUGGAGGGAAAGUACUCGUUCACGUCACCGGAAUGGGCAGACAUUUCAGAGCCCCCUAAAGACUUAAUCCGGAGGUUACUCGUAGUGGACCCCAAGCAGCGCAUCACCCUCGAAGACGCCCUCGCCCACCCCUUCUUCCACACAAUGCAAUUGUGGGACCAAGACAUCGCUCCCCUCAAACACUCAUUGCGCAAGACCAGUCGCAGAUUCAGUAGAAUUUCAGAGUUGGCUUUGGUAAAGCACGUGUUGCCUGCCACCACUAAUAAUAAACUCCAGCAACGCAAAUUCCAAGCGAGGCAAAAAUUCCAGUGGGCGAUUUUGGUGGUGAGGGCGAUGGUGCGGCUGCAGCGGAUCAAGUUCACGCCGGAGCCGCUGAGUCUGGAAACGGCGCGCACCGACCCGUACAGGAUCAAGUUGCUGCGAAAAGUGGUGGAUGGCUGCGCGUUCCGGGUGUACGGGCACUGGGUGAAGAAGGGCGAAGGGCAGAAUCGGGCCGCGUUGUUCGAGAACACACCCAAGACAGAACUUAAGCACAUUUACGUUACCAAUUUGAGUCGAUAACAGAAAUUUUAGUGAAUUUAGACCAAUUUUGUUAGGUUUUAGUUUGUUGGAAUUGUGAUAAGCGAAAGCAAUCGGUUUUUACUCUGCGCUAGAUUUAGUUGUGCCGACUCUCGGCAGUAUUUAAACCUUACCCUGUAUUAUUAUGAAUAAAAUGGUCAUAAGUU